AUGCAUGUUUUUUGUCUUAUCCUGCAGGAUGAAGAAACACGUAAAGAUUAUGACUACAUGUUGGAUCAUCCUGAAGAGUAUUACAGGCAUUAUUAUCACUACUACAGCAGGAGAUUGGCACCCAAAGUGGAUGUCAGAAUAGUUAUUCUAGUGACAGUGUGUGCCAUAUCCGUGUUUCAGUUCUUCAGCUGGUGGAGUAGUUACAAUGAAGCGAUCAACUAUCUAGCUACAGUGCCAAAAUACCGUAUACAAGCUACUGAGAUUGCCAGGCAACAAGGUUUACUCAACAAGACUAAAGAAAAAGGCAAGAACAGGCGGUCUAAAGAAGAAAUUCGUGAAGAAGAGGAAGAAAUUAUCAAAGACAUUAUUAAAAAUAAAAUAGAUAUAAAAGGCGGUUAUCAGAAGCCCAAGAUAUAUGAUAUCCUUCUAUUUCAGAUCCUUCUUGCUCCUGUUUACUUGUGCAAAUACAUUGUUUGGUACUGUUGGUGGAUUUAUUGUUUCACCAUUAAAGGGCAAGAGUACGGUGUGGAAGAGAAGCUGUAUAUCAUACGAAGGUACAUGAAAAUGUCUCAGUCUCAGUUUGACAGCCUAGAAGAUCAUCAAAAAGAGACCUUUCUUGAACGGCAACUGUGGAUACGAGAAAACUAUGAGGUCUAUAAACGAGAACAAGAGGAGGAGUUAAAGAAGAAGAUGGCCAUGGAUCCCCGAUGGAAGAGAUACCGGCGGUGGAUGAAAAAUGAAGGACCGGGGAGACUGACUUUUAUUGAUGAUUGAGAAUUGCUGAACAAAAUGUGUGCUAAUGUUGAAAGUGAUUUGCAAAACUUUUCACUACAUCAUUUGGAGUUUUGUCUGCUGUGGGUUAGCAGUGAUCUAAACCUCAGGAAUUAUUAAAUCAGGCUGAAAAAUAAUACAGGUUUACCAUUUUUAUAAAUCAGACCUAUUCAGCAGGCUCAGCUUAAUAUAUAUAUGCCAUUUACUUGGGGAUCUCAGUGUGGAAUUCAUUAUUCCAAACCAUGUAUUUUCUCUACAUGUUUAAUAUUUCAUGAUCAGUGGAA